UCAAUCACACUCAAUUACUAAAAUUCAGGAUCUUCUACACAUCUGAAUGCCAAAAAUGCGAAACUGUGUAUUGUGUACCAUCCUAUAAGUUGCUGGCUGGACUUGUAUGUGUUGUAGAUUCAGAAAAUGAAGAGCCAUCCAUGUUUCUUGUCUGUGCUGUAGAUUCAACUUCAAAGACUCCUAUGCCAACUCACAUUACCACUAGCACCAUUGAUCUUGUCCUCUUUUGGUGGAUUGAUUUGCAAGCGAUUCUAUCAGUUCUUCCUCUUCCUCUGAGUCAAGGAGUCCUGCUAUCCCUUCUCCAACAGCUAGCAUGCGAUAUUGGAAACAAUACCUCCCAGAAGCUAGAUUGGAUGGUAGACGUUGUUGUUGCUAUAGAUCCAGUGGACCCAACAAUUGCGGCGCACGGGCGGCCAAUAUUUGAACAGGUUCAUCAGAUAUUGGACCACCAGCGGGUGCUCUCGACCACCACCACAGCUGAAAGAAGCAGCAUCCGCCUUAUAAUGUGUGCAAUCAAUUCAGUAUUGAAGACCUGAAAAUGACAUUUCUCU